ACUGGUUGAUCUGUAUGAUGACAUUUGUAAAAUGAUACUGUAUUUUAACAUAUAUUUGAGAUGGAUGAUCUGCCAGAUGGUGAAGGGCAAUCUGAUACACACUCUACUGAUGCAAAUUGGCUGUCCUCACAUGAAGAGCAUAAGUUCCAAUCCAUUUCCUUGGCUAAGCAGGACCACAAUUCGGAUUUGGCAGAUUCUUCUCUUAACUGUAUGAAAAGUGACCAUUCAUUUUGCGCUUCUCAGGAAUUAUGGUCUACUGGAUCUCUAUCGAGUCCAAUACCCAAUGGAUUUUACUCAAUUAUACCGGAUAAGAAACUGAAGGAGUGUUUUGACGCCAUUCCUUCUCCUGAUGAUCUAUAUUCCCUUGGAAUAGAGGGCUUCAAGGCUGAGAUAAUUCUUGUGGACUUAGAGAAGGAUAAAAAGCUAUCUGCGAUAAGGCAGCUAUGUGUAGCUCUGGUAAAAGGAUUGAGUUCUAACCCAGCCGCAAUGAUAAAAAAGCUUGCAGGUUUGGUUUGUGACUUCUAUAAGCGACCAAACCCACAGCUAAGCCCUGCAAGAACUUCUUCUGAAGAAAUUUUUCAUUUCAUGGAAAACAAGGGAAUUCAAUUAUUGGGGCAGAUAAGACAUGGAUCUUGUCGGCCCAGAGCAAUUUUAUUUAAAGUCCUUGCUGACUCUGUUGGUAUAGAUUCUAAGCUGUUGGUGGGCAUUUCAGAUGAAGAAUCUCAUGAACACGAUGACUCACCCAAACAUAUGACUGUUGUUGUUAUGCUGAAGUCCAUGGAGUUCCUCGUUGAUCUAAUGCGUUUUCCAGGACAACUAAUUCCAUUCUCAUCCAAAGCUAUAAUCACAUCCCAUAUAUCUGCUGCUGGAGAGAGUGACUCUGCUGACUAUGAUUCUUGUGAUUCUCCUCUUGAACCGAAUAGUCCUUUGUGCUCUCAACGGCAAGAGCAAGAUGAAAACAAUAGGUCAUUUAAAGUUCCGUCCCUAAGAGACAUCAUGCGCCGAACUUCAAACUCUAUGGAGGGCAAAUUGAGAUGUUCAUCACAUAGUGAACCAAAUGUUGCCAAUGCCUUAUGUGGACGCCGUGGGAGGAAAGCUAAUGAACAUCAAAGAACUGCCAGUUCAAGUCCAGACCAUCCAUUGUCCAGAGCACAUGGGCGCUCAAACUUGGGUGAUAGACAGUACGGAGAUGGUGUAGCUGUAUCAAGGUACCUCAAUGGUGCAUCAACGUCAAGUGCGCGGAGAGGACGUCCAAAAAGUAUGAGUACAUCCCCUGAAAUUGGUGAUGACUUUGCGAGGGCAGUUAAAGAAAUGAGUGAAAGCAUGAGGAAAAAUCGCCAUUCAAGGGCACAUAAUGAUGGUAGUCCAGGACAUUCAAAUGAUUCACAGAGAAAAGAGGAAGCAGUAGGUGACCUCAACAAUGAUGAGGUGUCAGUAAGAGAACCAAAUGUUCAGGAGGGUUCAAGAAGGCACAUUAUUACUCAGAAGGCAUUGUCAUUACCUUCAUCACCGCAGCGGUUAGGUAACCAUGGUUCUAAUCUUAGAGAGCCAGCUGACUUCCUUACAGCAGAAGAUCUGAUGUCCACUUGGAAUAAAGCAUUGCAAUCUUCACCAUUUCUGAACAAGCCAUUAUUGCCUUUUGAAGAAUGGCAUAUUGGGUUCUCAGAGAUUGCUGUUGGCACUCGUGUUGGAAUAGGUUUUUUUGGGGAAGUUUUCCGUGGCAUCUGGAAUGGAACAGAUGUAGCUAUAAAAGUAUUUCUGGAGCAAGAUUUAACAAUGGAGAAUAUGGAAGAUUUCUGCAAUGAGAUCUCCAUACUUAGGUUUUCAUAUAGCUUUGCUGCAAUUUCUGUUAUUCUAGCAGUUCUGUUCACUUAUUAUUUCCUUUUUCUUAUUUUCAGCCGUCUCCGACAUCCCAAUGUCAUAUUGUUCCUUGGUGCAUGUAUGAAGCCUCCUCACUUAUCCCUAGUCACUGAAUAUAUGGAAAUGGGUUCCUUGUACUAUUUGAUUCACACAAGUGGCCAGAAAAGUAAGAUCAGUUGGCGAAGGAGGCUAAAAAUGCUCCGUGAUAUCUGUAGGGGUCUUAUGUGUAUGCACCGUUUGAAGAUAGUUCAUCGUGAUCUAAAGAGUGCGAAUUGCCUUGUUAACAAGCACUGGACAGUCAAGUUAUGUGAUUUUGGGCUCUCUCGGUUAUUGUCGAAUUCUGCAAUGAGUGACAACUCAUCUGCAGGCACUCCAGAGUGGAUGGCUCCUGAGCUUAUUCGUAACGAACCAUUUACAGAAAAGUGUGAUAUCUUUAGCCUCGGAGUUAUCAUGUGGGAGCUUUGCACUCUGAGUAGGCCCUGGGCAGGAAAGCCGCCAGUUCAGGUUGUUUACUCUGUUGCGAACGAAGGGGCAAGAUUGGAAAUACCAGAUGGACCUCUGGGUAGCUUGAUAGCAGGCUCUAUAUGGUUUCCCACCCCCCAUGGUUGCUGAAUCCAGUCUGCCUGAUUUUCUGUGUGAGGACUCACCUGACUUGCUGCUCAACAAGGACCUAGCUCACCAAGUGAUCAAGCAAAAUUUGCAGAAAGCACAAGAAAGAAUGAAAGAGAAAAGAAAGGAUCUUCCAGGAAGGUGAUAUGGUGUAUCUCAAGAUCCAACCAUACAGACAUACCUCUCUCAGUAUCCAUAGACAUUUGAAACUACACUCCCAAGUAGCCUUUCAGAAUUCUCAAAAGAGUGGGUAAUCAUGCUUAUCAGUUCUGCCUGAAGGGUGCAAGCUUCAUAACACAUUCCAUGCGAGUCAGCUCAAGCAACACAUUGGUACACAUGUCAUUCCCACCCCCCACCUGCCAUUGGUGACUGAACGAGGGCAGAUACAACUCCAACCUGAAGCUAUCCUAGACAGAAAAUUAAUUCCUCGACCUCAAGGUGAUAUCUCUAUUCCUGUGGUCAGAUGGUUGGUGAAAUGGCUCAAUUUACCUGUAGAAGAAGCUAGCUGGGAGGAUUCUGCAUUUAUCCAGAAAAUCUUCCCAGAUUUCCAGCCUUGAGGACAAAUCUGAUCUUCACAUGGGGGUAUUGUCAGGCCCUUUGCUCUCUGAAUCUCCUGUACCUGUUCAUCGUCCGACAACAGCCGUAGACCGUCAUAUCCUCAUCGCGUGGCUGGAGUGUAGUCCGAAGUGGUACACAGUUACUUAAGCCGUCAUCUGAGCAUCGUCCGAUCUCCAUCCAUCGGCUAUGGCACUUACUGUACCUGUUCAUGUCGUUGUCAGGCUGCUUUUACCUUCAGUAAACUUUUCCUCUUUAUAAAGACCUCAGAUCCUAUCGGGAGAGGCAUCGAAUGUAAACUGGGUUGUAACCCUAGCCGCCACUGGAGUGGUUGGCCUACUUUCCUCUUCUUGUAAGAACCCUAGCGAGUUUCCUCUGAAAUCAAGCAAGAAUUCCUCUGAAA